AUGCAGCCGCGGCCGGACCACGGCUCCCGGCAGCCGCUCACCGGGGCCGGGGCUGCGGCGGGGCCGGGGCACCGGGGCGGCGCUGGAACUACAGCUCCCGGCGUGCCCCGCGCCAGGACCGCCACUCCCGGCGUGCCCCGCGCCAGGACAUCAACUCCCGGCGUGCCCCGCGCCAGGACCGCAACUCUCGGCGUGCCCCGCGCCAGGACCUCAACGCCCCCGCGUGAUUGGUCACUCCCGUGCCGGUUCGGCCACGCCCCCGCCACGCCCCCGGAGCGCGGGAGCGGCGCGGCCCCGCAGCGCAAGAUUUUCGUGGAGCCCAUCGCCAAGGAGGACUGGAAGGUGUUCAAGGGUGACACGGUGCAGGUGCUGGCCGGGAAGGACGCAGGGAAGCAGGGCACGGUCACCCAGGUGGUGCAAGCCCGCAACUGGGUGGUGGUGGAAGGCCUGAACACGCACUAUCGCUACGUCAACCGCACGGCCAAGUACUCGGGGAGCUACGUCGCCAGCGAGGCGCCGCUGCUGCUCAGCCAGAUCUCCCUGGUGGACCCCGAGGACCGGAAGCCGACGGAGGUGCAGUGGAGGUUCACGGAGGAGGGCGAGCGCGUGCGCGUGGCGCUGCGCAGCGGCCGCAUCCUGCCCGUGCCGCCGCAGCCGCGCCGCGACGGCGUGGUGCCCGAGCAGUGGAUCGAUGGCCCCAAGGACACGUCGGAGGAGGAGGCGCUGGCCAAGACGUACCGGCCGUCGCUGAAGACGUUCGAGGAGGAGAUCAUGGAUGCCAUGGGGAUCGUGGAGACGCGCCGGGCUAAGAAAUCCUACUGGUAUUAACUGGGGGAGCUGGAAGCCCCCCCGGGCUGGGCUCUGCAAUAAACCCCCCUCCAUUUGCUGUG